AUGCUGCUCCAAGCUGGCCACGUCCUCCUAGCCUUUGCAGCUGGCGGAGUUGCAGUAAGUUCGCAUCGCGGUAACGGGACGGCGGUGGACCUGUCGUGGCAUCCCCCAAAGCAGACGCAACUGAACAACCUCACUGCUGUGGUGAACGGUGAUGGCGUCUACGGAUUUAUCUACAACUCGUCCGACACUCCAGAUGAGAGAUAUGGCGUGUAUAACUGGUGCAACAUGCCACAUGUCAGAAAGCGGGAGUAUGUCAAGGCUCCGAGAGAGUAUGAGCUUGUAUUUGUUGAGGUGAUCCACCGCCAUCACAAGCGCACGCCAUACUCGUCCAACGCCUUCCCCGUUGAGCCAUAUCAAUGGAACUGUGACGACCAAGGCCUCUACUACCACGGCGAACCGUUCGACAGAACCCAAAGGGCGACGCCCGCGUACUGGAAGGGCUACACGUCCGAGGUCAACCCGUUUGUCCCCUCAGGCUGGAUCGGAACAUGCCAAUUCCCCCAGAUCACGGCCGACGGUAUGUCCGACUCUUGGCAGCACGGCGAGGACCUCUACGCCGUCUACCACAACCUCCUGAACUUUCUCCCCGACCGCAACAACCCCAGCUGGCGACACAAGAUAGCCUACCGCGUCACGCGCAACACCAUCACCUCCCAGGUAGCCGGCAUGCUCAUUCACGGCAUGUGGCGCACAACCGAACGUUUACCCCUGCUCAUCCAGGCAGACGCAGUCGACUCUCUCGAACCCAAGUACUCGUGCCCCGCGGCGCGGGACCUGUCCAACAAGCUCACCAACCGCGACGCCAACCCGGCCUGGGCGGCGCACCUCGACGCCGCGAAGCCACUCUACGCCGAGCUCGACACCAUCUCGGGCGUGCCCGCCAGCGACGCCGGCUUCCACGCCAGCUUGGACCACUACUACGACAACCUCUCGGCGCGCCAGUGCCACCAGAAGCCGCUGCCCUGCGGAGGCGACAACAACAAGACCUGUGUCACGCAAGACCUCGCAGACCGCGUUUACCGCUUUGGCCACUGGGAAUACAAUCACGUGUAUCGCGGGUCGCGCGAGACGCUCGCGGCGUCGGCCGCGGCGUAUGGAGUGUGGAUCGCCGAGCUGGCUGCCCAUCUGCGGGGCGCUAUGGUGCCUGACGGGAACGGGAACGGAGGCGUCAUUUACUUCCAUAACAUCGCACAUGACGGGUCUGUGAGUAGGCUGCUUUCAGUACUGCAGCUGGACGAGAUGGUGUGGCCGGGGAUGGGGAGUGAGGUUGUGUUUGAGCUGUUCAGGAAGAGAGAAGGCGGUGGUGGGUAUUUUGUGAGGGUGCUUUUUGGCGGGCGGGUGCUCACGUCGAGUAACCCGAGUCUAGGCGUCAUGGAUAUGCUGCCCGUGGCGACAAUGCUGGCGUAUUUUGAUGGCUUGGUUGGAGAGGGGGCCAAGUUGGUGGUUGAAAGGUGUGAUGGGAGUGUGCCGCUUUAG